CGGAAUGCGUUUGCCAACGACACCAUCCCGUCUGAGAGCUACAUCAGUGCCAUCCAAGCAGCUCAUCUGAGCACGCUCAGUAACCAGUCCCUGGCCCUGGCCUCCUCUCUCAAACACAUCCUGCUCUCUCUGGUGCGUCUCACCGGAGACCUCAUAGUGUAAGUUACCCUCCGAGCCGCACCAACGGUGUCUCCAGUACCAGCAUCAGCCACUUCCACACGGUCGAUAUUACAUGAACAGUUUCCAGUAUUGCAAAGCUAAUAUACCUUGUGGAUAAAAAUAUGCGAUUCUCCCAUUGACUGUGGUCUUGAGUUUUCAUCAAAGCUAAUUAGUAAUUAGUUCUCGCUCUCUCUCUUUCGCUCUCUCUCGUUCGCCCCCCCCCCCCCCAGGACGGAGGAGUUGAACCCUCCCCAGGUGGUGCGUUCCCUGCUCCCCCUCCUCUUGGAGAGCAGUACGGAGAGCGUGGCUGAGAUCUGCUCUACCUCCCUGGAGCGUAUCCUGGGCCCCGCUGAGUCCGAAACCUUCCUGGCCCGCGUCUACGAGAGACUGGUCACAGGAUGCUACAACGUCAUCGCCAACCACUCCGACCCCAACAGGUGAGACUUUGAAACUUUGACCCGAGCAGUUAGGCUGAGACUCGGGAGUUGAGUCAACUUGAAUGACCCCCCCCCCCCCCCCCCCUGUCCAUCAAUGAUACCCUAGUCAACUUGACAGGGCUUGAGAAUGGUUACAUAUACCUCCAACAGAGUGAAAAAUUUGACGAGACCUAUUCAAAGAAGCGUCCGCUAAAUGUAAUGGAAAGAGAUUGACCGCUGUAAUGGUUGAAUGUGUCUCUGUUUGUCUCAGUGGUCUGGAUGAGUCUGUGUUGGAGGACUGUCUACAGUACCUGGAAAGGCAGCUGGAGAGCAGCCAAGUAUGCAAGGCCAUGGAAGAGUUCUUCUCCUUCAGGUGUGUCAGUGGGUUUUGUGUGGCUCAGUGGGUUAGAGCGUGGCUCUACCAACCCCGAGGUCGUGGGUUCAAUUCCCACAGGGAUGUAUUAUUAUAAUUGUUAUUUUUUUUUGUCAUUUAGCAGACGCUCUUAUCCAGAGCGACUUACAGGAGCAAUUAGGGUUAAGUGCCUUGCUCAAGGGCACACCGACAGAUUUUUCACCUAGUUGGCUCAGGGAUUAGAACCAGCGACCUUUCGGUUACUGGCACAACGCUCUUAACCACUAAGCUAUCUGCCGUAUGCAUGUAUGUAUGUAUUCCCCACCAUGCAAUCACAGACUAAGCCAUAUUGUAGUCACAAUCACAGACUAAGCCGUAUUGCAAUCACAACAGUCUCUCUCAUAGGCAGCUCGUGAGUUUCAAGUUUGGGGAAGCAAUCUUUUCACCCCAAAAAAAAUCACUGCAUGUAGAGCAUCUAUCAUCGCAUUUACAGACUAAUGUAAAAUAGCCUACUAUUCCUAAUGUGAUGAGUAGAUUGGAUAGUCAUAAAUUAGGAUAAUAAUAUAACUAACUCGCUGUUUGUAACAGCUAACGUUUUUUUAAAAGAGGAUCCCAGAGAAAAUGUGGCCUUUUAUAAACAAGUUUUUAUGCAAUUCUAUGAGACUUUACACGACUGGAGGCAUAUUAGCAGAAUCCUAAUGACAGGGCACUCUGCUGACACUGACGUCAAUAAAAACGACCUUGUCUUGAAUCCAACCAUCUAAUCUAGGCCUAAGAAAAGGUGAGACUCAUAUUAUAGGUUACAAUAUGACGUCCAUCUAGCCUGGAGGAGGAAAUUAGAUUGUCGUAGAAUAACUAUCCAGUGGCACUGACUCACCCAAUGAUAAAGACCAGUGAAUAUGCGCACUCACCGGAGAUAUGAGCGAUGGUCUAGUCCCAAAUAGGACAUGCCUACUGUUGGGAUAACUAAAGACAGAUUAGAGUUUAUUUAUAUAUUUUUUGUCUUUUGUAUUUUUCCCCACGAUUGUAUUUUGGAAUAUUGCAAUAGGCCUAGGACUCUUUCAGAUGCGUUUCAUUGAAAGCCGCACCUCAACAAUCAGCUAUAUUAUAUGUGCAUGCUGCCCAAAAUGCGCACUUCUCGACUGUUAGCUUCUUUUGAUCCCCAGUGGCUAAAUCAUGCUCUCUCUGGUGUAGUAAUUUGAAUAAUUGUAUUUAUUUCUGUAUAGACAGGAGUAAUUAUAUCAUUUUGGUAUUUAAUCAAAUGUACUUUUUGGGGAAGCUUCCCAUAGCCUAUUGGACGCGCCACCUAUGGUCUUGCUUAGCAUUCUCUCUUGUUUGUCUCUCAGUGGAGAACUGGUCCAGAUCAUGAUGGCUACAGCCAAUGAAAACCUUUCUGCUAAAUUCUGCAACCGGGUGCUGAAAUUCUUCACCAAACUCUUCCAGCUCAGUAAGUUUACCCGCACUCCUCUGUUUUCCCUCCCAAACCAGUUCUGCCUCCCAAACCAGUUCUGCCUCCCAAACCAGUUCUGCCUCCCAAACCAGUUCUGCCUCCCAAACCAGUUCUGCCUCCCAAACCAGUUCUGCCUCCCAAACCAGUUCUGCCUCCCAAACCAGUUCUGCCUCCCAAACCAGUUCUGCCUCCCAGACCAGUUCUGCCUCCCAAACCAGUUCUGCCUCCCAAACCAGUUCUGCCUCCCAAACCAGUUCUGCCUCCCAAACCAGUUCUGCCUCCCAAACCAGUUCUGCCUCCCAAACCAAAGUGUUGUCCAUAUUGAACAACCAGAGACUUGAGAGUUCAUCCUAAUCUUGACUUUAAACCCUUUUACUCUAGUUUCUCAAGUUCCGUCCAUGAGCAUUUCAGUUCCUACCAUCUCUCUUUUCAUAUCCUUAAACCUCUCCUUUGCUUAUUCCAAACCCAGCGGAGAAGAGUCCCAACCCCAGCCUGCUGUGUCUGUGUGGUUCCCUGGCCCAGCUGGCGUGUGUGGAGCCGGCCCGGCUGCAGGCGUGGCUCACCCGCAUGACGGCCACGCCCCCCAAGGACUCGGAGCAUCUGGAGACGGUGCAGGAGAACAGGGCGCUGCUACAGGUGUGUGUGUGUGUGUGUGUGUGAGAGUCAGCACAAAAGCCUUUCACAAGACUGGUCAACAUGAAACAGUCUCAACGACAGGUAACUACCAAAAUAAAGGAAACACUUGAGUAAAUGAGGGAUACAAAGUAUAUUGAAAGCAGGUGCUUCCACACAGGUGUGGUUCCUGAGUUAAUUAAGCAAUUAACAUCCCAUCAUGCUUAGGGUCAUGUAUAAAAAUGUUGGGCAAGCCAUUAUGUUGGCUACCAUGGCUAUGCCCCCAUAGGAUGACAAUGCCCCCAUCCACAGGGCACGAGAGGUCACUGAAUGGUUUGAUGAGCAUGAAAACGAUGUAAACCAUAUGCCAUGGCCAUCUCAGUCACCAGAUCUCAACCCAAUUGAACACUUAGGGGAGAUUCUGGAGCGGCGCCAGAGACUGCGUUUUUGCACCACCAUCAACAAAACACCAAAUGAUGGAACUUCCCGUGGAAAAUGGUGUCGUAUCCCUCCAAUAGAGUUCAAGACACUUGUAGAAUCUAUGCCAAGGUGCAUUGAAGCUGUUCUGGCUCGUAGUGGCCCAACGCCCUAUUAAGACACUUCAUGUUGGUGUUUCCUUUAUUUUGGCAGUUAACCUUUAUAUCCCCUCUUAGUGUUUUUUUCUAGUGUGUUUUGUACCCCUAUAGGUGUUGCACGGUAUACCAAAGCUUAGAUACUACAACAUGGGUGGUCCUCUGUAGCUCAGCUGGUAGAGCACGGCGCUUGUAACGCCAGGGUAGUGGGUUCGAUCCCCGGGACCACCCAUACACAAAAAUAAAUGUAUGCACGCAUGACUGUAAGUCGCUUUGGAUAAAAGCGUCUGCUAAAUGGCAUAUUAUAUUAUAAAAACGGUUCGGUACUAGACUUUGUAUUACUUUCGGUACUUCUGUCAAAUGUGUCUCGCGUCGUCUACUGAUUGAGAGAGGAUCAGGUAUGUCUACCAGCGCAGCCGAUGUCCCCUCAUAGCGCGAGAGCACCGUGCCGAUGUCCCCUCGUAGCACGAGAGCACCGUGCCGAUGUCCCCUCGUAGCACGAGAGCACCGUUGCCGAUGUCCCAUCGUAGCGCGAGGAACACGUGCCGAUUGUCCCCUCAUAGCGCGGAGAGCACCGUUGCCGAUGUCCCCUCGUUAGCGCGAGAACACCGUGCCGAUGUCCCUCGGUAGCGCGAGAAACCGUGCCGAUGUCCCCUCGUAGCGCGAGAGCACCGUGCCGAUGUCCCCUCGUAGCGCGAGAGCACCGUGCCGAUGUCCCCUCGUAGCGCGAGAGCACCGUGCCGAUGUCCCCUCGUAGCGCGAGAGCACCGUGCCGAUGUCCCCUCUUAGCGCGGAGAACAUCGUGCCAAUGUCCCCUCGUAGCGCGAGAGCACCGUGCCGAUGUCCCCUCGUAGCGCGAGAGCACCGUGCCGAUGUCCCCUCGUAGCGCGAGAGCACCGUGCCGAUGUCCCCUCGUAGCGCGAGAGCACCGUGCCGAUCCCCCUCGUAGCGCGAGCAGCACCGUGCCGAUGUCCCCAUCGUACGCGAGAGCACCGUGCCGAUGUCCCCUCGUAGCGCGAGAGCACCGGGCCGAUGUCCCCUCGUAGCGCGAGAGCAACCGUGCCGAUGUCCCCUCGUUUCAGCGCGAGAUGCACCGUGCGAUGUCCCCUCGUGCGAGAGCACCGUGCCGAUGUCCCCAUCGUUAGCGCGAGAGCACCGUGCCGAUGUCCCCUCGUAGCGCGAGAGCACCGUGCCGAUGUCCACUUCUAGUCUGUUCUGAGGAACCACUGCACUCACUGGGAGUCUGGGCUGCAUCACCAAUUAUGCUGAACAGAAGUUAACACACUUGAAUAAUGGAAUCAGCCGAAAACAAGCUCAUUAGCUCAAUGCAUGCACACACUCCUACUGAAUAUGCAUUCACCUGUAUUGUGAACAGACCUAGGCUACAUCUUGAUUUACCCAGUUUAUCAAUAGACUAGAGAUGUAACAUUCCAGUACAUGAUGACCAUUGUUUUUAUGUAGUUAGUAAAAAAACAACAGUCAAAUUGAUUUGCAUGGUUGUAUAAUUGAUUCAUUAAUGCAUACAUUCAAAAAUCUCAUAUUUGAUAUUGAACUCUACAGAUCUGUCUGGAUCAAGGGCCAUUCUGUGACUUUGGCUAAUAUGGCUUUUUUUUUUGCUGUGGUAUCGUUUUGGUAUCGGGUAUCGUUUUGGUAUCGGGUAUCGUGAUGCUAUCGAGUAUCGUGAUGCUAUCGAGUAUCGUGAUGCUAUCGAGUAUCGUGAUGCUAUCGAGUAUCGUGAUACUAAACCUGGUAUCAGUAUCGAAGUCAUAAAUGUCCUUGUGGAGACUUUUACGUGGAUUAUCGUCAAUAACUAACACCUAUCGACCAAACAGAUUGGCUGGUUAGCACUAACUGUUUCAUGAUACGUUCUCCAGGUGCUCACCACGCACAUCGUCAGGGACAACAGCCAGGUGGGCGAGGGCGUGUGCACCGUCCUGCUCUCCACCCUCAUCCCCAUGGCAACGGAAAUGCUGGCCAAUGGGGACGGAGCUGGCUUCCCGGAACUCAUGGUGAUCAUGGCGACCCUAGCCAGCGCCGGUCAGGGGGCGGGGCAUCUGCAGCUGCACCGCGCCGCCAUCGACUGGCUGACCAGAUGGUAAGAGAUUCGUAAAAAAUGUUCGCUUUUUUUUUUUUUUUUUUGCGUAGGACUGGUGAAGUGAUUGUUAUUAGUAAGCUCUAACGAGAUCUGUACGAUAAUUUAUGUGUAAAUAUGCAGUUAGAUUCAAUAUGUAUCUGUUUAUUUUCUGCAGCAAAAAAUACCUGACCCAGAAAAACGUUGUGGAGAAAGUGAGUGCAAACGUGUCCCAGGGCAAAGUAAGUAAUAAUUAAAUCAAAAAAAAGAAAGAAAACGUUUUAGAUUCUGAAUUCACAAAACUGCCCUGAACUGCCACGUCACCGCAGGUAAACAACCUCUCUCACUCGUAUGUUUUUCCCCCGUCAGCACGCCAGUAUGCUGGAGUGUUGCUGUCACAUCAUCUCCUACCUGGCUGACGUGAUGAACGCCCUGAGACAGGGCAGUGGUCAGGGCUCCUCUGUGCUGCUGGUGGAUGGAGAGGAGAAGGCUGUGGAGGUGGACUCGGACUGGGUGGACGAGCUGGCUGUGGAGGACGACGACUCGCAGGCUGAGGACUCUGUAAGGAACCCCCUCUAUCUGUUCAAUGGAGAUAGAUCGGGCUCUACUCUUUAG